AUCAGACUAGAGAGGGCGCCCUUUAGAAACUUCCACUUCAACUCCGAUCCAAAAUGACAGUAAAUAAAAUUGACGAGUUGGACUGGCCACAAUUCCAGCUAAAGAGUUCGAGAUUUAAUCAGGACAAUUUCCUUGGAAGAUAUCGGCACUUUUUAGACGUUAUUGACCCAAGAACCCUCUUUGUAUCAAAGAAACAACUCGAUGAUGCGGUCACGUUGUUGGAUCAUUUCAAGAAUGGCAACUUACCAGAAGGAAUCACCAACAAACAACUCUGGCAAGCACAGAAGAUCAAACAGGCAAUCAUCCAUCCAGACACAGAGAAGAAGAUCUUUAUGCCGUUCAGAAUGUCCGGUUUCGUCCCCUUUGGUACACCCGCUGUUGUUGGUAUGCUACUACCCAACCCAACCCUGGCAUCCACCCUCUUCUGGCAGUGGUUGAACCAGAGUCACAAUGCCUGUUGCAACUACGCAAAUCGCAAUGCCACAAAGGAGACCUCCACACAGCGCUUUGUGAUGGGUUAUGUUGGAGCAGUAACCAGUGCUUGCUCUAUUGCAGCAGGACUCAGCAUAUUGCUGAAGCGAGCUACUGCAUUCAGCCCCACCACCAGAAUGGUAGUACAGAGAUUUGUUCCAUUCCCAGCAGUAGCAACAGCAAAUGUCUGCAAUGUAACCCUGAUGAGAUUCACGGAAUUAUCGGAUGGCAUCGAAGUUGAAGACUCCAAAGGAAACGUUGUCGGAACUUCAAAGAUUGCCGCCAAAAUGGCUUUGACAGAAACAGCGCUGACCAGAAUAGUCAUGCCAGCUCCUAUCUUACUCAUUCCACCUGUCAUUAUGACAUUCAUUGAAAACAAGACAAAUUUCUUGAAGCGUUUUCCUCGUUUACAUCUCCCUCUGCAAGUCGUGGUUUGUACCAGUGCCUUUGCCUUCGCUUUACCUCUAGCUAUCAGCCUGUUUCCUCAGUUCUCGACGGUUGCAACUUCCAAGCUGGAACCAGAGAUCCGGGCAGCGACUUCAGAGGACACAGUCAUCUACAACAAAGGAUUGUGAGGCCACAUGAUGAGCCGUCACGAGGUCAUGUGAGUUCAUGUCGGGAGUUAAUUUAACUUUGAAUCUUUCGUUUUGAUUGACAUUGAGAAAUGUCAGUCACUGUCACUGAUAAAAAGGAUACAGCUGAAUAACCUCUUAGCACAGUGUACAUUUGUGAAUCUUUGAUCACAUAUGUACCAAAUAUAUGAAGUGUGUGCCAAGUUUUAGUUUCUAGAUGUCUAGAUUUUAGAGAGAAAGUGUAAAAGAUACACAUUCUUAAAAAAGAAAAAUUUUCCAAUGUUUUGAUUUUUAAAUGAAAGCAUACUCAUGCCAUUUAAGACAACCGAUGUUUUCUUUGGAAGAUCAAUGGUAUAUGUGUAUUCUUUAAAUUUUGUUUAUUUUGAAUCAUGUCCACCGAAAGUCUGAAGUAUUCAAAAAGUUACUUUCUCUUUGUUUAGUUCAUAAUCAUCUUGAUUGUUUUAUUUUGUUGUAUUGUUUCAUAUUUUGGGGCGGAUUGGAUGGCUCAGUCAAAACUGCAUAAUGUCCCCGAGCAAGGUAUUUUACAGUAAUUUGUCUCCACCCAUACGUAUUAUGGGCACCUGUGGAGGGGGGAGUUUUGGAUUGUCUUUCAGUACAUUGUGAUCCAGUACCUUGGAUCAGUCGUCAAGGAUGAAUGCGUUGAGUUGACAUGAAUCUAAGAAUGACUAUAAGCUCGUCCGUCAGGGGUAAUAUAUAUUGAUGAUUUGUUUUGAUUCGCCACUUUUCUUUUAGUAUGGUUGAUUUUUUUUUCUUUAUGUAUAUUCGUGAAAUUCUUUGUAUUUACUGUUUAUACUAAUCUUUAUUGUUUUGUUUUGGGGUUUGUUUUUGUUAAUUUCUUUUUUGGUGGAGAGAGAUGUUACAAAUUUCCGUAGUUUUUAUAACACUACAUUGCUCACAACAUAUCAUUGAAUAUACAAAUUGAAAAAGCAAAGAAAAUAUUUUAUAGAUAUUUACAAAUACAGAUAUUUUACAAAUAUGUUUAACCUAAAUAUUCUAUUGUUCACUGCAUUUAUUUUUUGAAAGUAGUAGUAGCAUGUUUUAUUUAAGAGAAUAAUAAAUCCAGUGAUUUUUAAAAUAGGUGCAUUAUCUUGUAAUUUAGUUGUAAACCAUUUUAUUUAAAGAGCGCCCUCUGUUGGUUAAUGCUUCUGCCGCGAAGCCCGGUAAUUGUGGAGCGCGCCCUCUAUUGUCAUACUUGAAACCCUAUUGUAGCGUUUAUACCAACGGACUAAUGCAAUGUAAACACUUCUCGGAUAAAGUGUUUACUUUGGUCGUUUAUGCUAAGCUGCCGUUGAAAGAUCCACAAGGGUCAUGGUAAGUGCCUCACAUACAGCACUCACAAACCAAAAACAAAGCCUGUAACCAUGGAAGCAGUUAACCAUUUUCUUUUGCCUGUGUCUGCUGCUCAUGGCCUGUUUUAUGUCUCGUCCAUUGACUCAAUAAGCUGUAACAAUAAUGACCCGACUUUUUUUCUAACUAAUGUUGACACAUUUAUGCAUAUUUACUGACCAAAUAUUUUAGACACCUUAAUUACAAAAACCUGCCUGGAAAUUGGCCAUGAAGUGACACCAAGGUGUGAUUUCUUAAUCAAACGACCAGGCACUCCAGUCAUUCGAGGAGCCAAAUCAAACAUUUCGUACCGACCACUUUAUACUAAUAUCCGCUGGAGAAUAAAAAAAAUUGGGGUUGCGAAAAUUCUAGGGUUUACUUCUUCGUCCUUUAGAAAGGCUGACAUGUGACAUUUCCAGUUUGUUCCUGAAUAGGGCUGGGGGGAAAAUCAACAAUGUGGCUGACUUUUCAUUAUACCGCCCAAAUCGAGUAAUAGUCCCCGAUUUUUGUAAAUGUUAAUAACAAGGAUCUUUAAAGCACUUGUCACUACUAGUGGAGGUUACGGUUUGUUGCACACUUUUCACCACAUCAGAGACUUCUUUGUGACUUGCCGGUACAUUGAUAAAGUUGAUUUUCUUUUUGUCCAGUAAAUUGUUCAGACCCCACGCUUUCCACUUCAGCAAUACUUACCAUUUAAUUCUUUUUGAAGAUAAAAUAAUGAAAUCUAAAAUUCCCCGAUCAAUCAUUUUAUUAUGUGCGCUUGGGAGCAAAAUACUGGAUCGAUUUUAGAAGGGAUAUUUGGCUUUUGGGGGAUAUUGAAAGGCCCAACUAUUACUAUUAUUUAAUGACAAUAAGCUGGGCAUGUUAGCAGUCUCUCUUCACCUUGGGCUGUGGCGCUCUGUAAUUGCCUCCAGCAGGUGUUCGAACUUUUUAAAAAGGUUUUCCCGUGGCACACUUUUAGGGGGAGAACUGGAAACUGAGGAGUUACCAGAAGUAUUUAGAAACAAAAAUUUGACAGAAUAAUAAAGAGACGUUCACGGUGCCAGACAUUGUUGACGUUGAUGCCCAGUUCUUUCUGCAAGUUGAUUUUAGUUAAUGAGUACCACCCCCCCGGUAUUUUGUGUUUAAACAUGUUUAUGAAUAAAUAAAAUAGGGAAGAUAAGAUUUCGUACCAGAUGGUCAAAAUAUCCAUCUUUGAUCGAAAGAUCUCAACUUUGUUGCGAUUUCAGCUUAGGAAUGUAUUAUACUACUGCACUUUCCUUUUUUUAAUUCCAAAGUAGCAGGGUUUAGUUACUCAAACAAAAUAUUGUAAAAGAAGAAGAAAGGAGAAGAAAGAGAAUAUCGCCGUCGGCCACUUUGCCAAACUUAUCAAAUCCCUGAAAGGAUUUAUUUAUUGUCAGUUCAAAGCACAAAGAACUACAAAUAUCUAAAGCAUCUGCGCACUUUUGUAGGUCAGCGGGUUUGCUAUUUUCCUUUUCUAUUUUUUUUAAGUUUCCAAAAGUCAUUAUAUCCCACAAGCUGUCAGAUUCAAUAAUUGAUACUUUGUCGAACCGUUUGCCACGAUAGAUCCAUCUUUAUAGAAAAUCACAAGGCCAUAGCUUUUAAAGUGUCCAAUUAUGGCAGCCCCCCAA